AUGAGCGCGCCGCAACCAACUGGCGAGGCGGAGAAGAAUAUUGAGAUAUGGAAGGUAAAGAAGCUGAUUAAGCGCCUGGAGGCGGCACGAGGAAACGGAACUUCUAUGAUUUCGUUGAUUAUUCCUCCAAAGGACCAGAUCUCGAGAGCAGCGAAGAUGUUGGCUGAAGAAUUCGGAACUGCCUCCAACAUUAAAUCCCGAGUUAACCGUCUAUCCGUCCUUUCAGCGAUUACGUCUACCCAGCAGCGCCUGAAGCUUUACACCAGAGUUCCUCCAAAUGGCCUUGUUGUCUACUGUGGUGAAAUUAUUACCUCCGAGGGAAAAGAGCGUAAAAUCAACAUCGAUUUUGAGCCCUUCAAACCCAUCAACACCUCCCUCUACCUCUGUGAUAACAAGUUCCAUACCGAAGCCCUGAGCGAGCUCCUUGAGUCCGAUCAGAAGUUUGGAUUUAUCAUUAUGGACGGAAACGGUGCUCUGUUCGGUACCUUGAGUGGAAAUACCAGAGAUGUCGUUCACAAGUUCAGUGUCGACCUGCCCAAGAAGCACGGUCGUGGUGGUCAGUCUGCUCUUCGUUUUGCUCGUCUUCGUGAGGAGAAGCGUCACAACUACGUCCGUAAGGUUGCAGAGCUUGCCGUCCAGAACUUCAUCACUGCGGAUAAGGUCAAUGUCGCCGGCUUGAUUCUUGCUGGUUCUGCCGAUUUUAAGAACGAUCUCAACCAGUCUGAUCUCUUCGACAACCGCCUCCAGUCCAAGGUCAUUAAGGUUGUUGAUGUGUCGUAUGGUGGUGAAAACGGAUUCAACCAGGCUAUCGAGCUUUCCUCUGAAACUCUAGGUAAUGUCAAAUUCAUUCAGGAGAAGAAACUCAUCGGCAAAUACUUUGAGGAAAUUAGCCAGGAUAGCGGCCGUGUUUGCUACGGCGUUGACGAUACUCUGAAAGCACUUGAGCUUGGAGCUGCCGAGACCCUUAUUGUAUUUGAGAAUCUGGACAUCACUCGCUGGGUACUCAAACCUUCGACUGGAUCUGACAUUGUACUACACACCACCAAGUCCCAGGAGUCUGACAGAGAGCAAUUCAUGGACAAGGAAACCGGACAAGAGAUGGAAAUCGUUGAGCAGGGUUCGCUCCUUGAAUGGCUUGCCGAGAACUACAAAGAUUUUGGUGCAACUCUGGAAUUCGUUUCCGACAAGUCCGGCGAGGGUAACCAGUUCGUCAAGGGCUUUGGUGGUAUUGGAGCAAUGCUUCGUUACAAGGUCAACUUCGAGCAGUUGGCCGACGUUGAAGAAGAUGACGAUGAUGAAUUCUACGAUGAUCGCCCGGAAAUCCCGUCGGGGAGUGUUCUGACGACUAGCCCUUUGAGCCGCACCAACGGCGUCAGGGGCAAUAUAAACGCAUCAGCCGUUCAGAUCUGUGCCCCACAUUCCCUCACUGGUUCGAAGCUGCUCAGGGGACCGUCCAAGCUUCGCAACAUGGCCACUUCAAAUUAA